AUUCUGGGCUGCAGCGGCAGCUGCUGCUGCUGCCGGGCUACGGUAGCUAGUCCCCGUCUCCCCACCCCAUGCCUUCUAUCGAUCGAUGUAGACUGACUGCCUGCCUGCCCGCCUGCUUGCCUGCAGACUGCCUGGCCUACCAAUUGAUGAUGCUGAUGGCGAGAUUGAAGUGAUAUUUUGCCUGCCCUGCGCUCGCAUCUCUCCCCUGCACUAGUUUGCAAGCGAGAGCGAGCUUCGGGACGGAGAGAAAGGAGCGAGCGAGCGAGCGAGCAAAGAAGGGAGGGAGGGCUAGUGGCAGGCUCUGGACUGAGUUGUAGAGUUGCGCGCGAGCUGUAGAGCUGUGCCGUGAUCAAGCGCGCAGUCUUUUCGCUGUCUCACGUCAUUCAUGGUGCGGUAUUUAUUUAGUCAACUGCACUCUCCCCCACUGUUUCCUCUCGUGCUCAUUCUCCCGGGUCUACUCGCUCUUCCCUUCUCGUUUGCUCGCGUCUCCCGCUGCCGCUCCCUUAUUAGCCUCCGAGAGCCGGAGCUCACAUUUCAAGCUGCAAGGCAAGAGAGACCGAACCCCGAGCGCUGACAUACAGACGGAGCGCGAGCCUGCAAGCAAACACUGUCACGAACGCUCUCGGAUUCAUGCGGUAGUUCCUCGACUACACGCGUGCCCAUACUGUCGACUCCUCUCUGGAAGGAUGUCAGCCAAUCACGGACGAAGUGGCGGGACCUUCAGCUGCUCGAAACAAAUGUUCGGCUUUCUAGAUGAAUUUCACUCGAUCAAUCCUGACCUGAGCAGCCGCGCUCCAGCUUGAGAGAAUAGGCAGAAAGCAUUGACAGAUAGCAAGGCCGCCUCUGUGGAGGCCUCUCGAAGCGUUCGCAUGGUAUAUCCGUCGAGGCAGUAGUGCGCAGCCUCCGGAAUUUGACGAGGACAGUCGCGACUGGGCGCGGCAUUCCGUCUCAUGGUGUGCAGGUGGAGGCCCUUUGAGACCGAGAGCGAGACGACGAGAGCCAUCGAUUUCCAACCAGCGCUGUGCCACUUGCGCCUUAGAGCUAAGUCCUGACGGGUGGGCAACAAUGCUCUGCUCUUGCCCGCGGCGUGUACAUCCCUCGGGGCCUUCGAUUCGUGAAGUAGUCGAGAGCGGGUGGUCAGGCUGACGGCGUCCGUCGUCUGGGGGAGGAGAAAGCUCCAGCGAAGGAGCUCGUCGGGAGGGGUAGAAACUGAGAGAGGCAGAGCGGAAGAUUUGCGCAGCUUGGCCAAUUUGGGAGGCGCGGAGAGAUGAGCGCGGAGGCGGCUAUGGAGGACGCCCACGCCGCGCAGGGGAGCGGGGGCGACCCGCAGCCUUCGCACUCGGAGGACGAGGGGAGCGUCCCGUCGCAGAUGGGGAGCGGGCGGCGAGACGCCAGAGUGGUGUGCGAGACAUUCACGGGCAGAGAUUUCCGAAGCGGGACGGCGUCCGAUUCCAGGCGCGUGGCAUCUUCGGCCAACACGACGUCGUCCGAUGCGCACAAAGGCUCGAAGCACUUCAAGCGCCGAGGUGUCGCGUACUCGCAUUCGCGCAAUCCUCUACUGGCCUGCUUCAUCGGGGAAUCCGUGCUGUCGUCGCGAGCCAUCCGCCUGAACCCGAAUUGCGACACGGCCAGUUCGCAGAGAGCCUUCUUCUCGUUAAUUCCCGUAGAUAGCAGCAAGGUGAACGAGAGGACGGGCGAGCCGUCGUCGCCCCAGCUCUCGUGCAUAGGACAGGUGAAAUGUAGGCAGGCCAAGGCUCCCCGAGGGCUCGGGGCUGGGUCUGUGGUCGAGGACCUGGCGCAGCUGGAUCUCACGGCGGAGCGGAAGGAAUCAGCUGCUGCCCCAGGGGGCGGGAGGUUCGGGAAUCGAAGAUCGUUAGAGAGAGUCAGGUCCUUCGACCUGCCCGCCGCCGCCGCCGUGGACGACAUCCCUCCGCUGGAUCUCAAUGAAGGAACGGAAAAUCCUCGUCUGAUGCGCUCCACGAAGCGGCCGGGAAGUUUGGAGGUUUCGAAGAAGGCGAUGGAGGUCGAGAAGCAGCAGCACCAUCAGCAUCAGCAGCAGCAGGGAGGGAGUCCUCCGAGCCCGACUGUGUCGAAACACUCGAUUCAGCAUUUCAAUCACCUUCUGAAACAGCUCCUGGGAGCGUCGAUGAUGAGGACCGGGUUCAUUUGCGGGUGGAACUCGCGGGAUUCCACUCGGGGUGACGACGACGAUGCCUGCGAGCCCGACGACGAGGAGGAGGCGACGGCGGAUCACUACGAGAUCGAUCUGAGUCGAUUCGCGUCGUGCGACAUGCAAGCCAAAACCCCGUCCUUCCGCGACACCAGGUACUAUCAGACGACGAUGGGCAAGAAGCUGGCGGACAUUCGCGUCCACGCCCACCAGCAGCCCGCCUCCCAAGUCGCAGCUCCAGCCGCAUCCGACGACUCGGCCGACGAGCGUCCGGAUGACGAAAACACGUCGUCAUCGUCGGUGAAUUUCUCCAGGGCCAAUCAUCACCCCACUAUCGUGAUCAAGUGCUCGGUCGAGCGACGAAAGCCCUCCUCCGAGCCGACCCUCUGGAAGCGACGGUGCAUGGACAGGCCUCUGAGUUUGGAAGUCAAGAGAUAGUUUCGGUAGUUUUUUCAUAUAUGUGGAUAUUCUUGCGCAGCAAAUGAGCACUUUGUAUAUCGAUAGAUAGAUUAGAGACAGCCCGAGUUAUGGUUUGGUAUUAUUAGUACUGAUGUCGAUCGACAGGAAAAAGACGAGGCUACACUUUGCUCUGAGAACCUCCGGCUGGUGGUGUAGUUAUGGCAUGGUGGUGGUGUUGGUGGUGUCGUCUCGGACUCGGGAAGCUCCAUCCGUUUGUUGCUCCGUGACAGCGGACGACGAGAGAGAAGGGAGGGCACUUACUCACGUAUAGGUGCGUGCAUUCGCACAGGACCAGGUAGAAACACGAUCGAUCCCCUUGUGAAGGUUUUGGGGAAACUGUACUCAUCGUACUCGUUCACGAGUGGCAAGGUCGGCAGCAAGUAGACUAGAGCCCGACCUUCCUUGAAGCAGAUCAAAAAGUGGAACUCGAAUGAACCACGGGACAUAGAUUCCUCGCCAUGUAUCAUAAUCCUCCAAUUAAGCAUGACAGUGAACGGCAACUCUCUGGUUGCACUUCCACAUC